GCCGCGACCGCACACCCCUACCCCAUUAUGGACAUAUCACACAUAUCAAAGAAAAUCCUUUAAAAAAUAUUAGAAUUCAGUUGUAUGGUCCCAAGUUUUCGGUAAUAAUGUGGCAAUUUGAAGAUUCGGAGAUAUGCUCCAUCGGCAUGAUCCAUCCGUCGCACAGCCGCAACUCCGGCCUCUCGUUGUUAUCAGGAGUGUCGCAGUUUUCAGGUAUCUCGACCCUCUCAGGCUGCGCUUCUCCUGAGAACUUGGAGCGUCUGCCGGAGCUGCCAGCAUCAGAGGAGACACGACUACGUCAGGCCGCCCAGAUCCUGCAGCAGCGGCUUGUUCUGCGACAGUGGUUGGCAACACACAAGCUGCAGCAUGUGUACUCCAGUCUGCUCAGUCUCGACGUGUCCACGCUCGAGGACGUCUACUGGCUGGAGGACUCGUCGGCUCGUCGGGCGAUUGACGCCAAGGACUUCAAUGCGUGGUCCGCCGCGAGAAGCAGCCUACCCAUCGGCAACGAAGCCAUCCAGGCGCUCAAGUCGGAGCUAUGGAGCACCGUCGUGAAGAACAGCAAACACCAGGACGCUUGGACAUGGGGCGGAAUGCUGGUGGUGUCUAUAUCAGUAUGCGGCCUGGUGACGCUGGCGGCCAUGACACAGCCGUCGCUCGCACCGGAGGCGAAACACUCGCUGCUGCAGUACGUCACCGGGAAGUACCUGCAUCCGCCUAGCUGUAAAAUAGAGUGGGGCUGGGAGGAGCCGGCGGCGGUAGGGGAGACCAUGUGCUUCACGGUGCUGUGCUACCAGCGCAACGGGCAGCCCUACCCCGUGUGCGACACCGACGACCUCACCGUCAGCAUCUCGCACGGCACCAGGAAGAUAACCGCCGUGGUGGAGCUGGGAAAGUUCACGGUGCGCACAGCGGGCGUCUACAUCAUCGCGGUCAUGAUUGGCGGCGCAGUAGGCGCGGGCGGGCCGUUCCGCAAAUGGUUCUGUGCGGGGCGGGUGGAGGCGCGGCGGUCGCGCGUGGGUCGAGCGGGCGCGGCACUCGUGUGCACGGAGCGGGCGCCGCGCCGCCUGCACGUACACCCACGUGACCAGUUCGAUAACCCCGCACCGCUGGCUGAGCCCGCAGCGCAGGGUUUUAGCAUAUCGGUGCGUCGUGUUGGCGGUGCGGAGGAGCCCAUGGCGGCGGCGUUCGAGUACGACGCGGUGAACCAGCGCGCGAGCGUGACGCUGACGUUCGAGCGCGCGGACGUGUACCGCGCCGCCGUGCGCUACGACGGCGAACUGCUGCUGAACGGCGAGUUCGACUGCAUUGUACUCACAGCAAACGACACUGCGGCAGUGUCACGUCAACUAUCGUCGAAACGCGCGCACGCGGCGUUCGAGGCCCGCCUGCUGUCGCCGGGCCGCCCACGCCGCGUGCUAGUGUGCCUCAGCCCUAAACAGAUCAUACUCAAGGACUACAUACUAAAGUUCAUACCGAAACGGAUCACGUCAUUCCGUCUCUGUCCUUCUACCAAGAUGACGUUACACGCGCGAGAAGCUGGUUGCGGGCCGGGCGGCGAGCUCACGUUGGACGACGGCGCUCAAGUUCCGCUAGUGUUGUCUGCGCCCGAACGGGACCUGUUGGCGGCGACGUACACGCAACUGCUGCAGGCUAACUGUGGCGGCGAGGAUAGCUUCAAGAGUAAGCAGGAGUUCUUCUACAGCGAGUUGCGUCGCGCGCACGCACGGCACUCGCACGAGCGUCUCGCGCUGCGUGUUCUACGCUCGGAGCUGCUGCGCUCGAGUCUGCGCGCAACCAAACAUUACACCGUGGCGGAUUGGUGCAAAAACUUCGAUGUUACGUUUCAAGGCGAACAAGGCGUGGACUGGGGCGGCGUGCGUCGCGAGUGGUUCUCGCUGCUGUGCGCGCAGCUGUUCGACGCCAAGUUCGGUCUGUUCGUGUCGUGCCAGGACUCGCCCACCGGCCUGGUGCAUCCCAACCCCGAUAGACCGCCUCAUCUUAAGUUAAAACAUUUUGAGUUUGCCGGCAAAUUGGUGGGCAAAUGCCUCUACGAGAGCGCCCUGGGCGGCGGCUACAGACAGCUGGUGCGGGCUCGUCUCGCGCGAUCGUUCCUUGCCCAGAUCAUCGGCCUGAGGGUACACUAUAAGUACUUUGAGCAAGAUGAUCCCGAGCUGUACCUGUCGAAGAUCAAGUACAUUCUUGACACGUCGCUCGACUCGGCGGACGCGCCCGAGUUAUACUUCGCUGAUGACGUAUACGACUCGGCUGGUAAACUACGAGAGACGAAAGAUCUUAUACCGGAUGGCGCUAGCAUUAGGGUAACGGACAACAACAAGCUCCAAUAUCUGGACGCGCUAGCUCAGUGGCGUCUCGGCGCGCGCUGGCGGCACGAGACGGACGCGUUCCUGCGCGGGCUCGGCCUGCUAGUGCCCGACCACCUGCUAGCCAUCUUCGACGAGAACGAACUAGAGCUAUUGGCGUGCGGUUCGGGCGAGGUGUGCGUGUCUGACUGGCGCGCGCACGCACUGGUGGUGGGGGCGGGGCGCGAGUGGGAGCGGCGCGUGGGCUGGCUGUGGGCGGCGCUGCACUCCUUCAGCGCGGACGAGCGGGCGCGGUUGUUGCAGUUUACUACGGGCUGCUCGCAGCUGCCGCCUGGCGGGUUUAAGGAAUUGAACCCGAGAUUCCAAAUAACCGCCGCGCCGACGUUUGGCGCGUUACCCACCGCGCAUACUUGCUUCAACCAGCUGUGUCUCCCGGACUAUGACUCAUACGAACAGAUGGUGCAUGCUCUGCUCUGGGCAAUCAAUGAAGGAGGAGAGGGCUUCGGUAUGAUUUGAACUGUAAGAAAGAGAUGGGGAUAUUGUUAGACAGAUAUAGAGUAUUACGAGUACCCUCGAUAAGAUUUUGUUGUUUGGUGCCUUUUUCGCAAAGUCCGAAUAAUAAUAGUAACCGAAUGCAUUUGAAAUGUCAUUAUAAUGUUAGAGUGUGGCGGAGAAAUAUGUUGAGUUCUUUUAGAAGGUGAUCCUUCUGAAUUGUUAAAGAGAGGUGGCUAGAUAUUACAAAAUGGACGUAGAUAAAUAGCUGAUCUAAAUUUUUUUGACACAAUCCAUUUUGUUCUCGAAUAAUGGCACAAUUACAGCGCAACUAUUUUCUUAAUGUCACUCCGCAAUCAUCUAUAUGAAAGACUUAAAAAAGUGGUAAUAAAGUACAUUAUUGAAAAUGUAUAAUACAUUAUGCCUAUAACAAGUUAGGUUAUAAUUUUAUGAAAAGUACACGGUGAGAGUUUACUUUUUGACAUGACAUGAAAUCAUAAUUAGAUGAAGCAUUGACAUUGCGUAAUUAUUAUUAUUAUCUAUAUCAUGAUGUUAUGAGUUAUGACUGAAUACCUCGUGUACACUUUCAACCCCGUUGUUAUGAAAAUAAGUUUCUAGUCAUUUGAAGUAGCUAUUUUCAAUGAACAUUAAAGUAAAUUAGACGUAAUACUUAGAGGCUUUAUAUGGUUGACAUGUAGUUUUAGUUUUAGUGAUUGCUCAGAAUUUUUUAAAUAAUUUUAUACAUGAAAUAAAAAAUCAAUUUUAAUUUAUAAAUAAGUAUAGAAUAUAGGUAUUUUCUAUACUUAAUAAAAUAAUGAAAGGCAGAGUUUUUAGAUAUAAAGUAAACGAAAUCCUGCCAACAUGGAGUCCAACAGCGGAGGAAUUGAAAGUGACAAUAACGAUAGUCCAUCUAAAAGGUUGGUGAAGACUGGCUAAUGACGCCAGGUGUAAAAUAUUGUACGUUAAGUGUAUUUUAAACUGUUUCGUUUAAUAAAACAUACAUUACAGCGAUGAAAUUAUCUCAGAGAACAAAAAUAAGUUUGGCAAAUACUCAGUAGCCUAAACUGUAAACUGGUGUUGGUACUUAGCGUACAUUUGAGUUAACAUGAAUCAUGAUGUGACAAAUUAUAUAUCUUAUAUCUUUAAACGAGCA